GAUUUUUUUGCCGUAUGCCCUUCUUAUAUACUGUCUAUGAGUAUGCCCCGUCCCCCGCCUGGUCCCCGCCCCCACGCGCGCCCCCCGUGCGAAGCACAUUUUUGACAGUCAUGUUUUUGUUUACAGUUAGACCGUGACACAGCAGCUGUCACCCGGCUCUGGGCUAUUACUUUUUAUAUCUGUUACGAGAUUUACGCUAAGUAUAUUUAUUACUUGUUAUGUGAAAUAGUCUGUAACCAGUGUUUAUAUAGGUAACGUUAAGUUAACAGUUCCACGAUAACCUUAAAGUUUUGUUUGCUAGCUAACGUAAGCUAGCCAGUCGGCCAACUCUCGGUGGAUGUGAGUCAGCAGCCAGCUAAUCCUGUACUAAGUUAGCUACCAGUUGUCAUUUGGAAGUUAUCCCUUUGUGCUAUCAUGGAUCAAACUGACUCUUACCCAGUGAAACUGUACAUUUACGACAUGUCCAGAGGCAUGGCCCGCCAGCUGAGCCCUCUCUUGCUAGGAAGACAGCUUGAUGGGAUAUGGCACACUGCUAUUGUGGUCCAUGGAAAGGAGUUCUUCUUUGUGGGAGAAGGCAUCAACAAUUGUCCACCUGGUGGCACCCCCUUGGGUGAGCCUGACUCCAUAGUGCCAGCCUUCUCCACCCUGUAUGGCCUCUCGGUCUUCUCUCUAAAUGUAUGUGUCUGUCUCCACCUCUUCUCUCUCUUCUUCCUCAUCUGGGUGCACAGAGUUGACACGUACAACUUGUUUGAGCACAACUGCAACACUUUCACCAACGAGGUGGCUCAGUUCCUCACGGGCAAAACGAUCCCGUCGUACAUUACAGACCUUCCAUCUGAAGUACUAUCCACGCCUUUUGGCCAGGCUCUCCGUCCCUUACUGGAUUCCAUCGUCAUAAAUCCUGGAGGCAACAACAUAACUGGACAGCGAUAGAAAGGGCUGGGCACGUUCAUUUAAGAAAAAUACUUUCACUUAAGGGUUUAGGUAAGCGUGGGACACCAACAACUGCCACCUGCCAGACCCUGAUCACACCUGUGCUAUAAGUCCUGUCUGUUCAGAUUCUGCAUAUUCUACACAUCUGAGGUUUUAAGGUAUGCCAGCCAUUGAGGCCAGGGGACUAAAAAAGUAGAUUUCUCUGGGUGAUAAAUAGUAUGCAGCCACAAGUUUGUGUUCAUAAAGUAAGAGUACUUCCCCGUGUUUAACCAAAUAAUUAUUUAUCCUCCAGAUCUUACAUUGAUUUUUAAUAGGCUGAAUAUAUUCUUUCCUGCACUGGUACUCUUAAGAGGCUUUUUAAAUAUAUGAAUAACAUUCAUGUUUUACCACGGUGCUUCUUAUAAUAGGCUACUAUAAAGUGCGUUACAAUUAGAUGACCAGUACAGAACUUUAUAAUAUAUAUUUGGCCAAGUUAUGCCUCGUUCUGUACUUUAAUGUGUUAAUUAAAUAGGGCUAUGUAUCGUUCAAAAAUAUUCGAUACCGAUACCAAUACCGUGACUUCGAUACAGAUUCCUAAAAGAUAAUUUUUCGCUACCAAUUUUAUAAAACAAAAAGAAAUGACAACAUUACACAUUA